AACGCGCGUUAAUUUGUUUUGUACAGCAGUCUGUGUGGUGUUUUAAAAACUCAAUAUUAUUUUACAUGAAUUAAGCAGCAGAGCGCUAUGGAUAGAUACGUGUUAGCUGUUAUAAUCAACCUAGAGGCGAAGAAAGACAGCUCCUUCAACGGGGUUGAUGAAACCAGAAAAGUGUUUAAUAACCUCAAAAAGAUUUCUGACUCGAAUUUAACACGUAUCCCUCCGUUUCCAGCCUGCUCUCUGAGUGGUAGUCCUGCUUCUCAGAGAUGGUACUUUGCUAUUCAAGCCAGUUAUGGUGUAACACAGUGGUGCAGCUCAGAGUGGGAGGAAGUGUGUUCACAGCGCAGUGACAGUGAAGAAUCUGAGUUGUCUGCUCUCGACAACUGCAUCUCUGCCCUUCAGGAGCAAGAGGAACAGAGCUCUCUCACAGAGAACCUGUCCCAUGCAGAACUGUUUGAAGAGGCUGCUGAAGGUCUUCAUCAAUUAGCAGACAAACUUCCUCCUCCAGGGAAGUCUUUGCUGGAUGUGAUUGUGCUGUGCGUGGAUGAGGAGGUGAAGUUAAAGGAUAUGUUGCCUGUGAUUGGCUCUUUGAAGCACAUGAGGGUGUGGCAUUCUGCACAGAUGAUCAUGGUCACUGAACACAGUGCUGGGUGGCAGAAAGCAGCGAUGUAUCUGGACGCUCGUUUGUGUUCUCCAUCAGUGAUUGGCAGCUGUGUGGAUGGGACUGAGAUCUGGAGAGGAGGACUCCACAUUAGAGAGAAAAAGUUUGUCUCAGAGCUGAAGUUUGAGGGUUUCUGUCUGAGAGCUCAGAGGAGAAAUCACUGGACUGAUGCACUGUAUCCGCACACAGACUCACAGAGCCACACUGAUCACAAACUACAACACGAGGUAUUUCAGUGUUACCAGCCACUGUUGGAAUUGAUUCAGCUGGUGAAAGUCACUGAUCUCCCAAUUCUCCUCCGUUCUAGCACAGCGUUUGAACUUGGAUUGGUUUCCAAAUCUGUCAAAGCCAAGCUUCUCUUGGAUCAACUGUGCACACUGCGUGGAGAGGUGGGAGCUUUGUUUUCUCUGUCUUGUGUGAUAAGCACUGAGACUUUCCCAGCAGCUUCCCAGCUCAGCUCUUGCAAAUGGAGAGACUUCAUGUCCAAACGCCCCAAGGAUGUACCUGUGCCUGAUGUGGAGGUAAAAGGUGAGAGGGGGCGCUACCUGUUCUUGGUUCAGGGGGCAGAAUCGGGAGGCUGCACAGCGCGAAUGAUCCACACAGCCAAUCAGAUCAAUGGAGCAGCUGCCCUAUCAACACUCAAUGCACUCAUCAGGGAAAAAGCUUCAUCUUCCUCAGGGAGCAGUACUGCUGACUGGCUGCGGUCCCUGCCGUGUCUCCACAGAGAGCAGUUCGUGCACAGGGAGAGAAAGCUGGCCAAGGUGCAGACCCUGGUCCUUAAGGAAUGCUGCCGACGACGCGAGGAUGCCCAGAAAUCUGCUGCCAUUCCUGUGAAUGAACUGAAGGCUCUUCUAAAUCUGGCCAGAGAGCAGUACCUUCAAAUGCAUGACUCUUCCCUGCCCAGAGCUUCUGAACACAUGUGCCUGGAGAAGAGGAAACAACCUUCGUCUUCUAAGAAAAAUGAAACGAAGCAUUCUUACUCAGAAUGGCCAGAGAGAAGUGUCCUACAAAACUAUGAGAACAUACAGAGAGUCCGACAAAGAUCCAGGUGCAGGCUGUUCAGCAGUGGUUCCUCUGAGAGUCUGAUGGGGCCUAAAGAUAGCCAGAGGGGAACUUCUACACUGCUGGAUGCCAGAGAGCUGCUCAAACACUUCACCCCUGAUGGACUGCCGAGCGGAGAGCUACAGCCGCUGCCAGUGCUCAGAGGGGAACAUGCUUUUCAGUUGUCUCCUGACCUCACACCCAGAAAAGUAACCAAGCUUCCAUUCUUAAAGGCUGCCAGGUCCCACUAUCACGGAAUAGAGUUCUGUCUGGAUGAGCGCAAAGCUCUUGAGCGAGACCGAGGCUUUGUAAGGCUGCAGUCUCGACUAAUAAGAUACGAGACCCAGAGUACAUGCUGUAAGGAGCCGUGCCCUGUGCCAUUCGCCCUCAGUCCUGCACCGUCUCCAGCCGUGCUGUCUGAACCGGGCAGUGUACCUGACGGUGAAACUCUGCACAGCGAGCCAUCCCGCCUCAAACGCCGCUCCCGUGAAACAGACCUCCAGCCACACAAGAGGUUCUGUAAAUCAGAGAGCUCAGAGUCUGUCGGUUCUGCUGGUGCUCAUCCAGUGGUGGAGGCUCUUCGGCAGCAGUCAGCUCACUCUCGCUCCGGCUCUACUCUGGCCAGACGCUCUGCUUCUGUGACAGACCCCUCUCCCAGUCAAAAACCCAACCAGACACACACAGAGUCCCGCUCCCAGAAACACAACAGGAUGCUGAAGGAGGUUGUUGCUAAAACGCUCAAUAAACACGGGAUCGGCAGCGAGCACAAGUGCUUUGAAGCCUGCAGUAAAAGACUGUUUGACAUAUCAAAGUUUUAUCUGAAGGAUCUGAAAACCUCACGUGGCCUUCAUGAGGAAAUGAAGAAGGCGGCCUGUAACAAUGUCAAACAGGUUAUUGACUGGGUUGUGGAGAAAUCAUCUAAAAGAUGAACAGAAUCAUUUUCUUCAGAAACAUUGAGGGUAAACCUGGACACAGUCAUGAUAAGUACAUCAACAACAACAUGCUGCUACAAAAUAAAUGAAUGAAGCUUUAGGAAAAGUGCUUCUAAUGCUUUUGUUGGACUUUUAUAUAGCAUUUAUCAUGGAACAACAGUUCUGUUAUUUUAUUAAUGUCUCUGUGAAAUAUUUCAAUGUAUUAAAAAUGUUAU